AUGCCGCUUAAUCGGGAGCUGUUGGCGUCCGUGAAGCUGGAGCCCGUGAGUGACUCGAACUGGGUGGAGGAGGGACAUGAUAAAGUGAAUGACGGUCGCUCCGCCGGCGCGGACGGCUCCCUGCACCCCGCCUCCGAGGCCGACGAGAAUGACGACCAAAACACAGCCACCAAGAAUGUUAUUCACUGCCUGAAAAUAGCACUAGAGCGCGGCAUCACGAGCAUCUCACUGCCCGAGAAGCAGCGGCCGUUGAACCCGCAGAAGGACUUUUCGAUCGAGUCAACCAUGCACUUCAGCGCGUCUCGGCCCGCCAAGGGGGUAGCCUGCUGCGGCGCCCAAGCCACGGGUGUGAAGGAGGCGCGCAACACACAGAUGAAAGAUGCCCGCUCGUCCAUAUUAGGCGGGGUCUACCGGCAAACAAACCGUCCACGAAACGACAUGUCGCGGAUUAUCUCCACAGACAAUGCCAUUUUGAACACCGAGGGCGACCUUGACCGUGACCACGGCGGCUUGACGACUUCCGGUCCAAACUUCGAUUCAUCGUUCGCACGCGCGCGCCGUGCCUAUCGCUCACUGACAAGGACGCAGACGUUUGUGGACUUCUCGUCGGAUGAUGAGGACGAUGAGGACGAGGAGAACAUGCCACCAGUGAGCUUUACCUUUACAGAUUUUUCGCCCAUGUGCUACCGCCACAUCCGCGAGUUCUUCAAUGUAGAUCCGAAGGCGUACUGCGACGUACUGCGCAACAGCCGCUGGCACAGCAUCCCAACACCAGGCAAGUCGGCUGCGCAACUCUUUUUCUGCGGUCGCGAUUGGGUGAUCAAGACAAUGACGGAACAGGAGAGCAACUUUCUGCGCAAGAUCCUGCACCGGUAUUAUUAUCAUGUGCGCGACAACCCUUUCACCUUACUCACACACUUCGUGGGCCACCAUUGUCUUCGCAUCGGCACGAAGACGCAAAACUUCAUCAUUAUGCAAAACGUCUUUGCCACCACCAACACGAUCCAUGAGAAGUUUGACCUGAAGGGCAGCACCAUCGGCCGCUUUGCCUCGGACGCUGAGAAGCGCCGGACAACGUUCACGCAGAAGGACCUCGAUAUCAACAGUCCGUUGCAUAUUGGCCUGGAGCGGCGGAAUCUGUUGAUUGAGCAGAUCAAGAAGGAUUGCGAGUUUCUGAAGCGAUCCAUGAUCAUGGACUACUCAUUCCUGAUUGGCAUACACGUUUUGCCGUCGCUCGGUGAUACCUUGUCCACUGCGACCUCCGGAGGGUCGCUAGGUAUGCUGACGCGCACUGUGACGGACGGCACACUGCGCACGAACCCGGGUCUGGGGUACACCGGUGGAGGGGAGCGGCCAGAUAAUUCCGGCGCUGAUGGCUCUGAAUUGUCGCGCAACGGGUCUAGGCUAGACGGCCGCUGCUUCACGGCUGAUCAGGGUGGCAUGAUGAGCAACAAGGUGCCUGGACUUCGACAGGAGAUAUACUACAUCGGCAUCAUUGACAUUUUGCAGGAGUACAACGCGCGUAAGGCUCUCGAGAAUGUUGUGUGGGGGUCCCUGUACGAUCGAAAGCGCAUCUCUUGCGUCCACCCGAACGACUACGCAGGACGGUUCAUCGCGUUCAUGUCAUCCAUCAUUGUUUAG